UCAACCAAUUAACCUUUCCUUUCUCGUCUCUUACAGGAAUCCACCAUGGAAGAACGCGUGUAAUUCUCGGACUCGUCACUUGUCCCAAACAUAUAAUAACCGCCUAAUUUCCCGACCCAAUCUGACCCCAACAGAGAGAAACUUGUCUGUUCUGGUCUUAUUCUGGUAUUUGUUCCCCUCCUGUACCGUUCUUUGUACCAGAAAUCUCUAUUUUCUCUCCAUAUUUCCGGUUCUUGAAGGUGUUUGCUGAAAUGGAAAAGAAGGAAGAAGAAAGAGAGAUGAGUAUGUUCAUUGAUGGGAUCAUAGAAUCCAUGCCUUUGUUUGCGAAGGAAUUGGUUUCUGGCGGUGUUGCUGGAGGGUUCGCAAAGACCGCCGUUGCUCCACUUGAGCGUGUCAAGAUUUUGUUUCAGACGAGAAGAGCAGAAUUUCACAGCGUAGGACUUUUUGGAUCAUUCGAAAAGAUUGCAAAGAAUGAAGGAGUAAUGGGUUUUUACAGAGGAAAUGGUGCUAGUGUCGCUCGAAUAGUUCCGUACGCUGCACUUCAUUACAUGGCCUAUGAACAAUACCGAAGAUGGAUCAUCAAUAGUUUUCCCGACAUCACAAUUGCUGGUGGAACUGCUGUGCUUUUCACUUAUCCUCUCGAUUUGGUUCGGACUAAGUUAGCUUAUCAGGUUGUUGGUCCACCAAAGAUUAAUGUGAAAGGUGUAGUUAACGCAGAACAAGUUUAUAAUGGAAUUCUUUAUUGUUUUUCAAAGACUUACAAAGGGUCAGGGCUCAGAGGUCUCUAUCGUGGUGUUGCGCCAUCGCUUUAUGGGAUCUUUCCUUAUGCGGGGUUGAAGUUUUACUUUUAUGAGGAGAUGAAACGCCAUGUCCCGGAUGAUCAGAAGAAAAAUAUAAUGGUGAAUUUAGUGUGUGGGUCUGUGGCUGGGUUGUUGGGACAAACUUUCACAUAUCCUCUUGAUGUGGUGAGGAGGCAAAUGCAGGUUCAAAGGGUCUUGGCAUCCAACAGCCCUGAGUUGAAAGGAGCAAUGGAAACACUUGUUAUGAUUGCUAAAAAUCAAGGGUGGAAGCAAUUGUUUUCAGGGCUGAGCAUCAACUACCUCAAGGUUGUACCAUCUGUGGCAAUUGGUUUUACAGUUUAUGACAUCAUGAAAUCAAGCCUGAGAGUUCCAUCCCAUGAUGAAGCUGUGAUAGAAGUGGUAACAAAUAAAAGUAUUACCCAAACAUCAUCUAUCCAUACAUGAUAAUGAAUAAUUUUUAUAAUUCUUAUGUUAUAACUGACCAAAUCAGGCCAUCUAAACCUGUACAUUCAAUUCAUUUAAGCUGGAAAAUUAGAGCUUCUAUAGGUUCCAUUCCCCCACCGGAUAAAUUUUGCAAGAGGUGGAG